AUGUCCGACGUCGAACAAGCUGUGGUGCGGCUUCGAGAUGUUGUCAUCCGUUUCGCGAGCGUCAUGAAUGAGACAAACGCUGUGUCUACAGGGGAAAGCAUGAGUGCUGGUCAUCCGUCUGAAUCUGAGUCGAGCAAAGGCGUGGAGGGACAGGCUGUAGACGAGCCAGACUUGCCAGAGCAGAAGAUGAUCUUGGUGUACUCUUGGCUCCAGUCAGGCGGGGUCGAGAAGGCCCAGACGCUUUUCGACAAGACGCGUGUCAAGCGUGGCAACAGCGCGAAGCUGGUGCAGCGCCAACAGACCGUUGCCGCGCGCGCUAAAUGA